AUGUUAAAAGGCCCAAAAUGGCUCAGAUUGUCUGCCAUCUUCUGCUUACUGGGUGUCUUGCCAGUCGUGUGGCCACCAGAGAUUGAAGAGCUUGCUGCGCCACUGUCUUCUGGACCAUUUGUUUGGGCCUUCGCAGCUGGCCACGUCCGAUCAUCAGCGGCAUUGCAGGUUCGUGUGGGGCCUUCCGUGCUGGCAGGGGACCUCUCCAACCUGGCAUUUGAGACACACCGAGUCCUCCGAGCAGGGGCAGAUUAUGUGCAUCUGGAUAUGUUUGAUGGAAACUGGAUUCAAGGAGCCUUCACUUUCGGCCCCAUGGUAGUAAAGGCACUGCGUGAUCAUGAGCCUCGAGCUUACUUCGAUGUGCAUCUUUGCGUCACCCGUCCUGAGCAGUACCUGGAAGAGAUGGCCAGAGCAGGAGUAAGCCGGGUUACUUUCCACUUUGAGGCGGUCACCGACCCCCGCGAAGCCGCAGAGCACGCGCACGGGCUGGGCCUUGAUGUGGGGCUGGCACUGGCACCGGAGACCGCCGUGGACACGACCGUGCUCAACGUCGCCGAGCUCUUCGAUGUGGUUCUGGUGAUGACCGUGCCACCCGGCUUUGGUGGCCAGGCCUUUAUGCCGGAGAUGCUUCCCAAGCUGAAACGGCUACGUGAGGUUUUUCCCAAAAAGGCCCUGGAAGUGGAUGGGGGGGUCACGCCCCUUACGGCUGCUCUAGCGGCAUCUGCGGGCGCCAACGAGGCCGUGGCUGGUUCUUCGGUGUUUCGCUCCAGAAAUGUGCGACGAGCCAUCAGGGAGCUUCGCCGCGGCCUGGAGAAGGGUCAGAAAGAACAGAGUUGA